GUAAAUGGGGUUUUUAUUUGGGAUUAUAAAAGCUGGCGUGAGUGUUCAGUGUCUACCUGUUCAACGGUAGACAAGGAAUAAAUUGCUGUCGUCCUAUUAGGGUGAUUAGAGCUACUUUGAAUUGAUUCUGCCUUUUGAAAAUACAUUUAAUUGUCAAAAUUUCUGUUUUUGAAUACAGGUUGGGAGAGGCUGUGGUGACUGUGUGAGUGGAGGAGGGCUGUGGGGUGCCCCAGCAUGGAUGGCUACUUGGUCCUAAGAGUAAUUGGAGAGGGCUCCUUCGGCAGAGCCCUUUUGGUUCAGCAAGAGAACAGUAAUCAGACGUUUGCCAUGAAGGAAAUAAGGCUUCCCAAGUCUUUCUCUGGUACACGGAAUUCUAGGAAGGAGGCUGUUCUGUUAGCCAAAAUGAAACACCCCAAUAUUGUUGCCUUUAAAGAAUCAUUUGAAGCUGAGGGACACCUGUAUAUUGUGAUGGAGUAUUGUGACGGAGGGGACCUCAUGCAAAAGAUUAAGCAUCAGAAAGGAAAGUUGUUUCCUGAAGAUAUGAUACUUAAUUGGUUUACACAAAUGUGCCUUGGAGUAAAUCACAUUCACAAGAAACGCGUGUUACACAGAGAUAUCAAGUCCAAGAAUAUCUUCCUCACCCAAAAUGGAAGAGUAAAACUGGGAGAUUUUGGAUCUGCCCGUCUUCUCUCCAGUCCUAUGGCGUUUGCUUGUACAUAUGUGGGAACACCUUAUUAUGUGCCCCCAGAAAUUUGGGAAAACAUGCCUUAUAACAAUAAAAGUGACAUCUGGUCCUUGGGAUGCAUUCUGUAUGAACUCUGUACCCUUAAGCAUCCAUUUCAGGCAAAUAGCUGGAAAAGUCUUAUUCUCAAAAUAUGUCAGGGGUCCCUGAGGCCACUGCCAUCUCAGUACUCCUGUGAGCUGCAGCAUCUGAUCAAGCAGAUGUUUAAGAGGAACCCCUCACAUCGCCCUUCUGCUACAACACUUCUCUCUAGAAGUUCCUUGGCUCGACUUGUCCGCCAGUGCUUACCCCCAGAGAUCAUCACAGAAUAUGGUGAGCAGGUAUUAGAAGAAACCAAAAAUUCCAAGCAUAGUACACCAAGAAAAAAAACAGACUCCAGCAGAAUCAGGAUAGCUUUGGAAAAUGAGGCAACCACAAUGCAAGGGGAAGAACAAGGUAGAAAGUACAGCGACACUGAUUUAGAAAGCAUUCAUAAAAAUUCAACCAAAAGUGCACUGAGGAGAGUAAAUGAAGAGAAAGAUAAAUCAGUCCAUCUGAAGAAAGCCAGCUCACCAAGUCCUCUCAGGCGACAGUGGGAGAAAAAUGUACCCAACACAGCUCUCAUGGCUUUGGAAAAUGCAGGCAUCCUCGCCUCCAGUUUAGGGGCCGGGGAAGAUAGAGGUGGUUCUGUAAUAAAGUACAGUGAAAAUAGCACCCGUAAGCAGUGGCUCAAAGAGACUCCAGAAACUUUGAUGAACAUCCUCAAGAAUGCUGAUCUCAGCCUGGCGUUUCAAACAUACACAAUAUAUAGACCAGGCUCAGAAGAGUUCUUGAAGGGCCCCCUCUCUGAAGAAACAGAAGCAUCAGACAGUGUGGAUGGAGGCCACGAUUCUGUCACUUUGGACCCAGAGAGACUGGAGCCUAGAUUGGAUGCAGAGGACACGGAUUUUGAGGAGGACGACGACAGCCCUGACUGGGUGUCAGAACUGAAGCUGCGAGCUGGCUGGCCAGGAGUGUCUGAUGGAAUGAAGAGGGGGAAACUGAAUAUUUAAAACUGUUCCUGAUGAGUGUCACAAGGUUUAAAAUAUCUGUAACUCUCGAGUUUUUGAACUCAAAGAGAAGGCGUGGAAGAAUGGCUCUGAGCUUCAGGCUUGCAGUCAGAACAGAAAUGGGAUGCUGCUGCUUACAUUUUGUGUGAUUGUGGGAGAUUAUUUAACCUCUUGGAGCCCCAGUGUCCACAACUCUAAAACGAGGAUAAUAAUGCCUUCCUCAUAGGGACGCUGAACAUAGACCAUGGCAACGGCCCAUAAUGUUAUUUCUGCGAUUGUUAUGAUUUGUGUUUAAUUGCUGCACAACUCUUUUUACAUUUCCUAAAGGUUUGAGGAUCAAAAUAAAUUUAAUUAGACCAUAAUGAUGUCGUUCAGUUUUCCAGUA